AUGGCGGUGGCAGGAACACGUGGCAGCGCCUGGUUGGCUGGACGGCGUGGUGUGGUCUUAGCGGCAGUGCUGGUGGCGGCAGCAGGCCUGUUCGAACUCACCUAUGCCCAAGAUCCCAACUGGAGGCAACUCUACCCCUAUAUCCGCGAUGCUGCCACCUUCACUCCCCCGCCCACCUCCACCUUCGCCGCCUCCUCCCCCCCCUCCGCGCCCCCGCCCACGUUCGACUACAUAGUGGUGGGAGGCGGUGCAGUGGGGUGCCCCCUGGCCGCGACCCUCUCCAAAGGCUUCUCCGUGCUGCUGCUGGAAAGAGGAGGCGUGCCCUACGACCAGCCCUCAGUGUACCGUCGAGAGGCCUUCCCCUAUGUGCUCAGCACGAGGGCGUCGGUGCCCUUCCGAUCGGAGGAUGGGGUGUGGAAUCGGCGCGGAAUCGUGCUGGGCGGUGGUAGCUCUGUCAACGCUGGCUUCUACAGUCGGGCAUCAGCGGAUUUCGUGCAGGCGGCAGGGUGGGACCCUGUGAGGGUGCGGCAGGCAUUCGAGUGGGUGGAGGAGAGAAUUGCGUUUGUGCCGCAGCAGGAGCCGGGGGGGUGGCAGCAGGCCUUCAGGGAUGGCAUGUUGGAGGCGGGGCUGGGGCCGUGGAGGGGGCAGACGCCGGAGCACGUUAUCGGCACCAAGCUCGCCAACAGCAUAUUUGACAGCAACGGCACGCGCAGGACAGCAGCAGAUCUGCUUAAAGCGGGAGACCCGGCGCGGCUGAAGGUGCUCAUAUACGCCACCGUGCAACGCAUCCUGCUGGAUGUGUCUAGCGGCACGCCACGAGCAGCAGGCGUGGUGUUCACAGACAGCACCAACCGCCGCCACAUCGCGCGUCUAAACCCAGGAGGCGAAGUGCUGCUAGCAGCGGGCGCACUGGGGUCGCCGCAGCUGCUGCUGCUGAGCGGGCUGGGGCCCAGAGAGAAGCUGGAUCCGCUGGGGGUGCCGGUGGUGGCGGAGGUGCCAGGGGUGGGCGUGAACGUGACUGACGUUCCCAUCAAUGGCAUCAACGUGCUGUCCCCCAGACCCGUUGAGGAGUCGUCGCUGCAGUUCGUGGCUGUGACACCGGAAGGAAACAUCAUCGAAGGCGCGUCAGGGUCGAACCACACUCUGAGCUGGCCGGGAGCGGGCGAGCUCAACACAGCCCCACCCAUCAAUCGCACGGGGGAGACGGAGGCGAUGAUUGAAGCCAUGCUGCCAUACAUCCCCGGGUUUAUUCAAGACGCUCUGAAUCAAGCCGGGUUUAUCUUACACAAGGUCUACCUGCCGGCCUCUCGUGGAUCCCUCACGCUCGCAUCCCUCAAUGCCUCGGACAACCCCAUCGUGCGCUACAACUACUUCUCCGCCCCCCAGGACGUGGCCACGUGUGUGAGGGGAGCGCAGAUACUCACCAAGAUAGUCACCUCCAAUGCCAUGGCGCCUUUUCGCUAUGACACCCCUCCUGUCGCUCUCUUUCUCCUUGACCCAAGUGCAGCACUCAUCACUCCAGGAAACUUCCGUGGGGCUUCCCCUGCACUCCCAGACGUCUCCAACUUCACUGCGUCUGCCCAGUGGUGCAAGGACACGGUGACGGUCAUCUGGCAUUUCCACGGGGGCUGUCACAGGGGCGUGUGUGUGGACAGCAGCUAUCGGGUGAACGGGGUGCAAGCACUGAGGGUGGUGGACGGAUCUACCUUUCUCACCUCCCCGGGCACCAACCCCAUGGCUACAUGCCUCAUGCUCGGAAGGUUUAUUGGCCUGAACCUCCUCGAAGAAAGGGGCUUCAACAUUUCAGCAGCAUAA